AGCGAAUACUUUAGUGAAGAACGGGAAUGAGAAUUCUUAUAAUAGAAAAACCAAGCCGGCGAGCUUUGAGCUCUCUACGUAAAUCGGAAUUGAACUCUCGUCUGUCACACUUUUCAUUAUUCGGUAUCAUUUUUUUUUAUCGUUGAUUUUUGAAUCCCGCUUCUUUCGUUUAUAUAAGUAUUUGUUUCUAAAUUUAGAAAGUGGCUUGACUUUGCUCCGGAUCUUCUCAUUCAAAUUGAUAGAAUUUGAAAAGCCGAUUAAUUGAACUCGUGUUUUCAAUUUGUGUUUAUUUACAUUCUUGUUAAAAAUUUCGUCAAUGGACUUCGGACAGAUUUGAAAUAUAUAUAUAGUAUGGGAUGGCAGCUUCAAUAAAUUAAUUCGACUUGCAGUGAUCUCGGAUGCUUCAAAUUGUAACGUGAAUAUUUUUAAUCAGUGAAAGAAGUUGAAACUAAAAAAAUUGAUCUCCCAGAAGUAUUAUAGUUAGGUAAUUUAUACAAUCCUCAAACUCGUGACAAUGCCUCCUCUAUCGUGUACCACCGUUACUACCACCCAGACUGAACCUCAGUCUGUUAUUGCUGGAGAUAAAUUAGAAACCGAAGUUUCUCCUGCAUUUUCAAACCACGAAACUGAUGUAAGAGAUGAUUGUGACAAAGUGGAUGUUAUUGAAGCACAGAAGCCAGUACCCACUCAGAUAGUAUGGCGUAAUGUCAUUCUCUUUGCAUACCUGCAUAUGGCAGCUGUUUAUGGUUUCUAUCUCAUGUUCACAUCUGCAAUGUGGCAAACAAAUUUAUUUGCGUUUAUUCUCUACUUAUUCUCUGGCGUUGGUGUGACUGCGGGUGCACACAGACUAUGGGCUCAUCGAUCUUACAAAGCAAGAUUUCCCCUUAGAGUAUUCUUAGCCUUUAUUUAUACCAUUGCAUUUGAGAAUGACAUUUAUGAAUGGGCCCGUGAUCACAGAGUUCAUCACAAAUACUCUGAAACAGAUGCUGAUCCACAUAACGCGACAAGAGGAUUUUUCUUCGCCCACGUAGGAUGGCUGCUUUGCAGAAAACAUCCAGAGGUUAUCAAGAAAGGAAAAAACAUCGAUCUCAGCGAUCUUAUGGCUGACCCCAUUGUCCGAUUCCACAGGAAGUACUACUUGAAACUAGUUCUUUUGUGCUGCUUCAUCUUGCCUACAAUCGUUCCAAUGUAUUUCUGGGGUGAAACAUUUAAAAACGCUCUCUUCGUGGCCACAAUAUUUCGAUUAUGUUUCACUCUUAACCAAACUUGGCUUGUGAACAGUGCCGCUCACAUGUGGGGCACUCGACCUUUCGAUGUCAACAUCAACCCCAGGGAAAAUCCUCUUGUAGUCCUUGGCGCAGUUGGUGAAGGUUUCCACAAUUACCACCAUACUUUCCCAUAUGAUUACGCUACCAGCGAAUAUGGCAUUAAAUAUAAUGUAACUACUGCAUUCAUCGAUGCCAUGGCGUGUCUUGGAUUAGCUUAUGAUCGCAAAUCAGCUUCUCGAUCAGUUGUUAGCGCAAGAAAACUCAGAACUGGCCAACCAAGUAUGUCAAGUUCUAGUGCCACAAAAGAAGAAUAAGAAGUUUGAAAUUUGAAAACAAAGUGUAAGUUCUAGUGCCACAGACUAAGAUUAAAAAUCUGAGAAUAUAUUUAUAUAAGUGAGACUUAUAUAAUAUACUAAUUGUUCUUUAAGACUUAAGGCCGAAACUGCUGCAAGAAAUUACGAGAAAUGAACUUGAAUUUUUUCUGAUUUCUACGGCUUGUCUUUGAAGCUUAUUUUGUUGUGGUGUGGAGCUUUUUGCUGUUUUUUGAUGAUGUUAAGACUGUAUUUUUUAAUGUGUUGGAGAUAAGUUGUAAUAUUGAUUGAAAAAUUGUUUUUUUCUUAUUGUAGUCUUAUAUUUUGAUUGUAAAAUGAUGUCAUUAGUUAUUCUAUCAAUAAUUAAUUUUCAACUAGAAUCGUUCUUGAAUUUAAUGAAACUUUUUUUUAAAAAAAAACAACCUUACAAGGAACGAUUUUGCGGUGUUUAGGAGAAAUUUUACAUAAAACCUUUUUUCAGGGAAAAGUAUUUUCAAAUAAUCCUUUGUUUCGUUGAAGUUUUAUCAAACGUUAUAGGUAGCCAGGAAAUUGAGGUAAAUUUGCUAAAUUUUUCCAGAUUUCCUUGUUAUCUAAGCAAUUAACUGGUAUGAGAACCUAUACACUGUUAAGUUUUUUUUUGUUAGUGUUGCUUAAGUUACUAUUAAAAGACCCAAGAGCUGUUUGUCAGGUUUAAAUUUUGUGUAAAAUUUUUUUUACAAAUUUUUUAAAAAAAAAAACCAGCCUGACGGGCUUGUUUGAUCUAUUGUACUGUGAUUUUUGUUUCGUCUUGUUACUUUGUUAUUUCAUGUUAUCGAGUUUUUUUAUUCUGUGAAUACUUACUUAACACGAAGAAGAAAUAUAUAGACUAAAAAUUAAAACCAAGUUGUUAGUUUGACCACUAUUCCAAUUUAAUUAUUUAUCAUGAAAUUGUGCAGAUGCUUCAUAAUGCCCACCGCUUUCAUUACUAUAAAAUUUCUUAAAAUCAGGGUAAAAAUAUUUAAUAAUGGCGUAUUUGUUAAAUUUACACCAAAUUUUCGUUUAACAUUUAUGAAAAUGAGAACUUAUUUAGAAAUAUUGAGAAUGGAGAUACAUUUUAACAGCCCCAGCAUGUUAUAAUGGUAAGAGUUUUCAUUAGAUUUAUUAAUUUCAAAUUUGUAAAAUAUUUAAAAAUUCUUUAUAGCCCACCAAACUUAAAAUAAUUUAAAUUGUAGUUAAAGGCUAAUUUAUUAUUUAUAGUACAAAUUAUAUAUAAUUUUGAUUUCUUAAACAUAUAUAUACAUAUACUACUUAAAAGAGGAUAGUUUAAGGAUAAACUUAAAAUUAGCAUUUGUCCUAAAAUUUUGUAAAUAGUAAUAUCUUUAUGAAACAAAUAAAUUUAGCAUUAACUGUUUAAAUUAAAGCAUUGUAAUAUUACUAUUUUAAACCGAAUUUCACUAAAAAAUUAGCAAAGAUUCGUAUUUGAAGUUUUAUAAAAUGAGCUUUUAGGGAAACAAGAUUUUAUUGAAGAAAAGAGAAAAAUAAAUUGAGAAAAAGAACUAGUUUUUACCAUAAAAUUUUAAAUUCUUAUUUUUUAUUUAAAUAUUUAUGUAUAACUAAGUAAGACAGGUAUUUUUAUAAAUGUAUGUAAAUAAUCAAUAUAUAUAUGUUUUAUUUUAAGAGAGCUUGUUUACUACAAAAUCAAAUUUAAAACUUUAUUUUAAUAAAAAUCAAAUAAAUAAAUUACUUUUUCAGUGCAUACGAAAUUAUAUGAACUUAGUUGUAAUAUUACAGGUCUUGGCGGAUUAAUUAAGAAAAUAGUUUUUUUUUAAUUUUUGUACACUUAGGUAUUCAUUUUCAUAAAAUAUUAAAAAGUAAAUACAACUUAUUGAAAAAAAGCAAGUUUUUAUAUUUAUAAAUUGCGCAAGAAAUGUUCUUGUGCACUUUUCUUGCUGGACUUGAAAGGACUUGCAGAAUGUACUUCUAAUUAUACCUAAAUGAUUUAUGUUGAGAGACUUCAUAACCCAGUGACAGACUGAAUAUACUUCAGACUUUUAUUUUCAACUAUUUGUGGAAUGGAAAAAAUAUUAAAAAAAUUGUUCGUUUUAUUCUGAAGAAUGAAAUAUAAAAUAUUUUUAAUAAAAUGUUCUAACAAAAGAGAGAGAACACUUUGAUAUAACAUCGAAUUAAAGUUGACAAUAUAAAUACGUUUCCCUAUAUUUAUAUGCAGAAAAAAAUGCAUAUAUUUUUAAGAUGAAAUUCUUAUUAGAAUGAUAAAUAGAAAGGGAUCAUAAUUUAUCCUACUAUUAAUUAUGAUCCCUUUCUGAUAUUACCUAAACCCAAAUUGUUAGAAAUGCGAUAUGCAAUAAUAGAAAACACUUGAUAUUCACUACGCAAUUUUAUCAGCAAAUUUUUGUUUACUUUAAAUAUGGCUCUGAACUUGCAUUAAAUGUUUAAGGAAAUAAUAUUGAAACAAACUGAUAUUUGUAUUAGAAAAAAACAAAUUAUACAUGUUAAUUGUAUAUAUUUUAAAUUGCAUUCAUUUAAUUCAUGUGCUUGUUAUGACGUAUUUGUUAAUCCACAUAAUAUAAAAUAUGCCAUACUUUUUCAAUGUAAAUGAGUUUAUGUAAAUGUCUCUAUAUUAACUAUAAAAGAAAAUAAAGUCUUUAUUCAGUGUUUA